AGGAUGUGAUGAAAAAAAUCCUCUUCGGUGCUGAUGAUCAGCCAGAACAAUACAGAGAACUUCUUUUACCAACUGUAGAGUUUGACCAGAACAAGAUGAAUCGGAAGAGAUGUAGAAUUAACCAGUGUGGAAUUCUGGUCAACAACAUUCCAGCAACAUCAACUUCUGACCAGACUUCCGGAUUACAGUGUUUCCUUGGAGUGACUGCCAGAACGUGUAUUCCACGACGAGGAAUAUCUUACUGGGAGACGGAAGUGGACUACAUGGUACUAGGAUCGGCGGAAGUACACUAUGUGGUAGCACAAGUCGGUGUUUGUAUGGACGAACACUGUGACGAUGUAUCAGGGAUUUGGAUCAACAGACAUGCUUGGGGUGUCGGUGUGUUUACCUGUGGAUCUCACAACAGUAUCUGUUUAUGUGUUGUGUCACGUGAAAAGGAGCUGUGUGACAGUCCUGUGAAAUGUUUUAAACGCAACACACGACACACUGUCACACUCGGGCUGUUAGUAGACUCGGACAAUGCCACUCUCCACAUUAUUCGUGUUGACGACAACACAGUUUUACACUCAGUCCCAAACAUCGACGUGUCACGGCCGCUGAUGCCCAUGUUUCGUCUUGGCAUGCCUCGAUUUUUCGAUGUUAAAGCGAAAAUAUCAUCUGGCCCAGAUCUCUCAGUAAACCGUGAACUGUUGGUCCUCCUCUCCAGUUUAAUUAAAUAAGUCAUAAUGGCAGCAAGUCAUCCAAAUAGUUAAAGUUUGUUUUGUUUAACGACACCACUAGAGCACAUCGAUUAAUUAAUCAUCGGGUAUUGGUCGUCAAACAUUUAAUCAUUUUGACACAUAGUUAGUCGUCCAAAUAGGAACAUCAUGUCUGGACGUUUAAUCGAGAUCGUCAUAGUAGUCUAGUGGUUAAGUCAUCGGUCUUGUAGAUUCCCAAAUCAUAUUGGCAAAUAUUUAAUUUGAACACAAGAAUAAUUAGCUUUGACGUCGGAGGCUGGGGACCAGAAUGGUAGUGGUGUCCAAACUCUAAAGUCUAUUCAAUCUCCUCAAUUAAAAGGUGAAUUGAUAUAUAGCAGA